UCACUUGUAAUUCCAGAAAAAUUCCAACACAUUCUUCGUGUGAUGGGCACGAACAUUGAUGGUAAUAGAAAGGUUAUGUUUGCCAUGACAGCAAUCAAAGGUGUUGGUCGCCGUUAUGCCAAUAUUGUUUUGAAAAAAGCUGAUAUUGAUUUGGAUAAACGCGCUGGAGAAUGUUCUGAGGAAGAAGUUGAAAAAAUUGUUACUAUAAUGGCUAAUCCCAGGCAAUACAAAAUCCCAGAUUGGUUCUUGAAUAGACAGAAAGAUAUUGUUGAUGGCAAAUAUUCACAGCUUACCAGUUCGUAUUUGGAUUCAAAACUUCGUGAGGAUUUGGAACGAAUGAAAAAGAUUCGUGCUCACCGAGGUUUGCGUCACUAUUGGGGUCUGCGUGUACGUGGUCAACAUACAAAGACUACGGGUCGCCGUGGACGUACAGUAGGUGUAUCGAAAAAGAAGUAAUUUUAUGUUUUUUAUGUUAAUUAUCAAUAAAUUAAUAAAACAGCAUUAAGAGUUUCAUUUAAAGAAUGACACUUGUUUUGAACAAUAUAUUUAUUAUACACAAUAUCAACAUAUAUACAUAUAUAAUGAUUUUAAUAUUUGUAGAAUACAAUUUUUCUUUUGAACAGAUUUACAAUUACAUAACAUUUUCGAAAUAUUUUGUUUUCAUAUUUUGAAAAUUGACUGCUUGUUUUGAUAUACUUUUUUGUACAAUAUUUCGUAUUAUUUAUACAGAGUUUAG